CUCUGUAUCGCUUUGGCAGCCAUAACAGUGAGUACAUUGUUUUCUCUCUUAUAGUCGACCGGUGACUUAUAGGGAAGACUUUUCAGAGAACUCCAGUGACCAGAUCUUUAAAAAUGGAGAAAGGAUCCAAUCUCCCACCAUAUCCUGGUCCUCAGAUGAACCAAACCAACAUGCCUUACCAAGUACAACCUGUUGCAUACCAGCAUCAACCAGGCCCGGUAGCAUUCCAGUCUGCAUCAACACCUGUCACAGUGACGCAGGUGGUGAUGGUGCCACCGAGCUUAUCCGAUGUCCCAGGACGGAUGAAAUGCCCUCACUGCCAGCAGCAGAUUGUCACAGAGACCAGAUACAUCAACGGCCUGCUUACCUGGGCCAUCUGUGGAGGUCUUGGCAUCCUAUUGAUCUGGCCAUGUUGUCUGAUUCCAUUCUGUGUGGAUUCCUGCAAGGAUGUUGAACAUCACUGUCCAAACUGCAAGAGUGUCGUCUAUCUGUACAAACGCAUGUAGCUCGCUUGAUAACUGAGAAAAUCCAGACUUAUCUUUGGAACACAGCAAUAUCCCCAGUGUUAAAUUAACACCUCUCUGUGUUCAUAAUGGAACCACCAGCAGAGUGUUAAAGUAACACUGAAGGAAUGUUAGAGUAAAUUUGAUACUUAAGUGAUUAAUUGAGUGAUGAUUGUUUGACUAUUGAAGACACCUGAUGAUAACGAGCAGAAUCAUCGAAGGAAAGAGAAAAACAAGAACUACAACUGACUUCAACCCACAGCCUUAAAUGAAAUCAACUGAAAAGACAUUAAAUCUCUCUUAUUACAAACCAGACUGACUUUAUUUCUGUCCUUGGUCUACAGUUCUUUUUGAGAAUUAACAGAGGUUUAGGUGUCAAUGUUUUAUUGAAAAUUUUAUUGAAAGUGUUUGAUUUAAUUUAAUGUUUUAUUGUUGGUGAAAAAUCAAAAUUUAUCAAAAAUAUUGCUUAUAUUGUAUUGUUUAUAAUAACAAACAACCACUUAUGGUCAGUGAUGAGAUUGGUCAAACAUUUUUCUUUAUGAUGAUGAAAGUGUUAUCACCUGACUAUCUUUGGUUUUGACUGUUACAAAGACCACAAACUGACCUAAAAAGGCAAGAGUCAAACUGCCCAACUAAAUGAAACAUUGAUCACAAUAAUGGUGACCAGACAUUAAACAUCAAUAUAAAACCUCUGUUAAUUCUGAAAAAGAACUGUGGCUGAAGUCAGUUGUAGUUCUUGUGUUUCUCUUUUUUUCAGUGAUUCUGCUCGUUAUCAUCAGGUGUCUUCAAU